UUCAGGAAACACAAGUGGGACUCAUGGAGGGCGAGGUGGAGGAAAUGCGAAUGGAGCUCGCUGCUGUCAAGAGAGAUCGCUUAUUUUUGAUUAAUAGGAAACAAACGCGUGUGAUUGAAGAAAAGCACACAGCGGCAGACUCAACCCCCGCAUUGGUAAAAAAAGCCGUGACAAAUCUUCAGGAUGAUCAACUCUUGAACGAGAAAGCUCCACAGAUCUCUCAUCUUCGCGAAGAACUGAUGAGGGCGAGGUGCGCAGCCGACGAAGAAAGAAAUCAAAAAGAGAUAUACGAAAGGAAACUUAAGGAUUUACAAUUGAAUGUCAACAGCGCUUUGAGCACCGGACCCAUGGAAGUUAAGGAAGAACGAAAAUUUCCAAAUGAAGAAGUUAUAAAUUUGAAAAAGCAGCUCAAAGAUUUGCGGGAGGAUUUUGAGGAAUUGAAAAUUGUGGCCAACGAGAAGACUGACGAGGUCCAGAACUACCGAGUGAAAUAUCUUCAAGCGGAACAGCAAGCCGAAGAGUUGAGACGGCAGAUCGAUCUCAUAGAGUUCGACAACAAACAAGUAUCAGAUCAGAUUCAAAUUGAAAUUCAAAAAAUGAAGAUGCAAUUUCAAGAGAAGCUGCAGGAGCUGGCGCCGCUGCCCGAUCUGCUGAAGGGUGCUCAGAUCCAGCUGGAGGAGGCGCGGCAGUUGCAGAAGUUGGCAGAGGACAGUUCCGCCCAGCUGUCCUGUGAACUCAACCGCGUCAACGAGAAGCUUGUUAUGGCAGUGAACAGUUUGCACUGUGAAAAAUCUGACAGAAAUAAAGUGAACGAAGAAAAUAAUGCACUCAAAGCAGAAGCCGAGAUGAGGCAACAAGAAAUCAAAGAACUCUGUGGAAACGUGGACAGUUUGAAAUGUCAAGUACUAAGGUUAGAGGAAAAACUGUAUCAGUUGGAUCUAAUGUACAAAGAAAAGGCCAUUGAAUACGACCAACUGCUGAAAGGUAACGAGGAGUUGCGGGAUGAAAGCAGUAGAAGUCUGGCGAGAAGUAAGGAGCGAGCCGAGUCCAUGCGUCGCUACAUGCAAACCCAGGUGUCGGAGCUAGAGAGACAACUGGUACAGACGAGAGCUCAGUGCAGGACUUUCCAGAAGGAAAGAGAUGACGUGCGUCAAAGAGUGCAGAUCCAGCUUAAUAACCUUCAGGAAAAUUUUGAUCUCGUCGAAUUAAGACUCCGAAGUCUCCAGAACCAAGUGGCAUCCCUGAAAAAUAGUUAUGCCAUCAUACUGUCGGACGACGAUGAAGAUCUGAAGAAUUCGCCAUCGCUCAAGGGAUAUUUGCAUGUGUGACAUUAAUACAUAUGCCUAAUGAUAAAUGUUUCCGUACUCACAUUAGGUUGUUCAUGUUUUGGAAUUCCCUUUUUUAUUUGAGACGAAGAAAUGGUAUA